UACUGCUUUGUGUCUCUGGCGUUUUUCCUAAACCUCUCCGAUUCUAAUGAGCUUCUGAGUAAUGAGAUGGCCACCAGAGUCUGGAGCUUCUUCUUCGGACCCACCGUACUCAUAUUCACCUUCCUGAUUCUUCCCUCCUAUCGGGACACUAUCAUGUGCGGCUACAAAUAUCGCCGAUUCCAACAAAAAAUCCAAAUAAGCCAGGG